AUGCAGCGAGCGCCCUCCCCGGACAAACAUUUCAGGUGUAGCGCUCACAAGCCCUUCAUACCCUCAAUGUCCCGUCCUCAGGUUUCUGUCUACAACGGCAGCUCUGUUGCUAGCACCGCUGCUCUGCCCGCUGUCUUUGCUACCCCCAUCCGUCUGGAUAUCGUCCACGACGUUUUCACCGCUGUCAACAAGAACAAGCGUCAGGCCUACGCCGUUGCCCGCAACGCCGGUGAGCAGACCUCUGCCGAGUCCUGGGGUACUGGUCGUGCUGUCGCCCGUAUCCCCCGUGUUAGCGGUUCCGGUACCUACCGUGCUGGUCAGGCUGCUUUCGGUAACAUGUGCCGUGGCGGUCGUAUGUUCGCUCCCACCAAGACUUGGCGCCGCUGGCACGUCAAGGUGAACCACAACGAGAAGCGCUACGCUACCGCUUCCGCCAUCGCUGCCUCUGGUGUUGCUCCUUUGGUCCUGGCUCGUGGUCACCGUGUCGAGCAGAUCUCCGAGGUCCCUCUCGUUGUCUCUAACGACCUCGAGUCCGUCUCCAAGACCAAGGAGGCCGUCGCCGCUCUCAAGGCUGUUGGCGCUCACGAGGACGUUGUCAAGGUCCUCAACUCCAAGAAGCUCCGUGCCGGUAAGGGUAAGCUGCGUGGCCGCCGUCACACCCAGCGCCGCGGUCCUCUCGUCAUCUACGCCAACGACAAGGGUCUUGUCAAGGCUUUCCGCAACAUCCCCGGUGUCGAGACCUGCGAUGUCCAGCACUUGAGCUUGCUCCAGCUUGCUCCUGGCUCUCACCUCGGUCGCUUCGUCAUCUGGACCGAGGCCGCUUUCAAUCUCCUCGACAAGAUCUGGGGUGCUGAGGGUGUCGAGUCCGCCAAGUCUGGCUUCUCUCUGCCCAAGAACAUCAUCUCCAACGCUGAUGUCACCGGCAUCAUCAACUCUUCUGAGAUCCAGGCUGCUCUCCGCGAGAAGGGUCAGUCCAAGCAGAAGCGUACCCACGUUCUCAAGAAGAACCCUCUCAAGAACAAGCAGGUCCUUCUCCGUCUCAACCCUUACGCCAAGGCUUACGCUGAGAAGAAGCUCGGCUUUGCCAAGGUUGAGAAGACUACUUCCAAGACCCCCAAGACCUUCAAGAAGCUCUUGCACGAGAACUAA